AUGUUGGAGCGCUCAGCUGUGGAUCAUGAAGAAUAUGGAGAGCCGGGUAAUGGAGGACCGGGCAAUGGAGGACUAGCCAAUGGAGGAUCGGGAAAUGGAGGACCGGGCAAUGGAGGACCAGGCAACGGAGGGCCGGGCAACGGAGGACUGGCCAAUGGAGGGCCGGGCAAUGGAGGACCGGGCAAUGGAGGGCAGGGCAAUGGGGUCCCGGGCAGUGGAAGGCCGGGCAAUGGAGGACCGGCCAAUGGAGGACCGGGCAAUGGAGGGCCGGGCAAUGGAGGACCGGGCAAUGGAGGGCCGGGCAAUGGAGGACCGGGCACUAUAUUAAUAAUUCUACAACCCUACAACAGUAAGAAAAAAUUUGUAGGACUGGCCAAUGGAGGGCCGGGCAAUGGAGGGCCGGGCAAUGGAAGACCGAGCAAUGGAGGGUCGGGCAAUGGAGGACCGGGCAAUGGAGGGCCGGGCAAUGGAGGACUGACCAAUGGAGGGCCGGGCAAUGGAGGACCGUGCAAUGGAGGAUCGGGCAAUGGGGGACCGGGCAAUGGAGGACCGGGCAAUGGAGGAUCGGGCAAUGGAGAGCGGGGCAAUGGAGGGCGGGGCAAUGGAGGGCCGGGCAAUGGAGGACCGGGCAAUGGAGGACUGGGCUAUGGAGGGCCGGGCAAUGGAGUCCCGGGCAAUGGAGGGCCGUGCAAUGGAGGAUCGGACAAUGGGGGACCGGGCAAUGGAGGAUCGGGCAAUGGAGGGCCGGGCAAUGGAGGAUCGGGCAAUGGAGGGCCGGGCAAUGGAGGACCGGGCAAUGGAGGACCGGGCAAUGGAGGACCGGGCAAUAUAGGACUGGGCAAUACAUUAAUAAUUCUCCAACCCUACAACAGAGGACUGGCCUAUGGAGGGCCGGGCAAUGGAGUCCCGGGCAAUGGAGGGCCGUGCAAUGGAGGAUCGGACAAUGGGGGACCGGGCAAUGGAGGAUCGGGCAAUGGAGGGCCGGGCAAUGGAGGGCCGGCCAAUGGAGGGCGGGGCAAUGGAGGGCCGGGCAAUGGAGGACCGGGCAAUGGAGGGCCGGGCAAUGGAGGGCCGGGCAAUAGAUUAAUAAUUCUCCAACCCUACAACAGUAAGAAAAAAAUUUGUUUUGUCUCAUUGGAAUGGGUACCUGAACAGGAUUAUAGAACUCUGAAGAGCGAGCACGUGUAA